AUGCUCAGAAUUUUAGCUCAAACAAUUAAUAACAUCCGUGAUGAGAGCACCACAACUUUGUCACCAGAUCAGCUUGCAUGCACGCAAUACGAGUACGCUGAAGCAGAACGUUUGGUAUCGAAUCCUUGGUGUACUUGUCCACCAGGCCAAAUGCCUAGUAGUGACAGUAAUGCCUGUCAACGUAUCUAUUUAACUUCUCAGUUUCUCAUCGAUGCGGUUACUGUAUCAACAUUUGGUGUUGACUUAGAAUAUUUUUGUGGUGGUGUAGUACCUAAUCCCGAACAACGUUCUCGUUUAGCCAUUUUGAUGUUGAAUCGCGCAAAAUUACCAUAUCAGAUGUGCGUUCGACGUGAUGGUAAUCCGAUAAUGGUACAACUUGACUGCUUGCAGUGUUCUGUUGAAGAACUUGAAAAUGCUUUUCAGCAAAAUGCUGCUGACCAUUAUGUACCAUUUCAUGUUACAGAGCUUUCACUUGGAGCUUGCUUAGCUUCAACUCUAAACGAUUGUGAUCCGGAACACGCAGAUUGUGUUGUAGAUGGACCUCGAUACCAGUGUCGGUGUCACGAAGGAUGGAAUGAUACGUCGAAAGAUAUUGGAAAAAAAGAGGGACGACGUUGUCAAAAAAUUAGUGCACAUACUGAACAAUGUAUUAUUUUUCUUGGUUAUUGUUUGCUUUGGUGGUUUCUUCUACUUGGUAUCAUCCUCUUCCUCAUAUUACCACUGCUUGGUUGCCUUAGCUUAUGGUUGUACAAAUGGUACUUAAGAAGAAGGGAGCGAGUCUCGGUAGAUGAACAGGUAUAAUA